AUAUAUUGAGUUCCUUCCAACAGUAUUUCUCUACAGGAGCUUUCACUUUUCAGCCUCGAUAUCAAAAUCUUUGAUUUCUGCUGAAGAAAUUACAGAUUAUUUAAAUUGUCAAAAUAAGCAGUCCCUUAUUAAGUAAUAUAUGCUAGAAGCAUCCGUCAUUUUCGUAUGUCCCCACACAGUUCCACAGAGAGUUCUCCUACUAAUAUUUCCCACCUUCUAGAGAAAGAGAGAAGGAGAGAGAGACAGAGAGCUACACCUUUGUCUAUAGAUAGAGAGUUCGACCCAUAUACACCAGUACUAAUAAGAGAUCAGAAGAUCAGCUGAGAAAGCAAUAAGGCUUCAUUAAAUUCCUGUAGGAAAGCUGAAAAGAAGCAACCAUGAGUACUAUGAAAUUUUGCAGAGAAUGCAACAACAUACUGUAUCCGAAGGAGGACAGAGAACAGAAGGACCUCCUUUAUGCUUGCCGCAAUUGCGAUCAUCAGGUUCUGCACCUUCCCAUAUUUCCGUUUAGAUUUCAAACCUGGAUAUGUGGAGGUUGCUGAGAACAACUGCGUCUAUAGAAAUGUGGUGGAUCACUCUGUCGAUGAGUUCACACAAGUGCUAGAGGAUGUUGCAAGUGACCCUACUCUUCCUCGUACUAAGUCCGUAAGAUGUGCUACGUGUGGCCACGGUGAAGCAGUGUUUUUCCAGGCUACCACAAGAAGCGAAGAUGGUAUGACACUGUUCUUUGUUUGCUGUAAUCCAAGCUGCGGAAAUAGAUGGAGAGAUUGAUGAAAUGAUGCUAGCUGGGGCUUUUCACACCGAUACUGAAUUGAGAGUAGGGCUUGUGUGCUAUUAGGAGCACGGAACCCUCUGUGCUCCUAAGCCGUUUUCGAUGAUGAAAUUUCUGAAUCGA